AGCAGCUUAGAAGUACUGACAGAAAAAAAUGUGUCAUAGCCAUGAAGUUGUCGGGUCACUUAACUUCCCUUUGGUGCUCUGAAGAGGCCGCACAUCUUAUACCAUUACUAAAGUUGCCUGAAGUUAUCAGAUGCCAACCAGAAGAAGAUGAUUUUGCUGAAGCUUGGUGUGAAAGGAGUGCCCUUCCUUUCAGAACAUUGGCUAAGAUUGUAGCAGUGAAAACAUUAACACUGUAUCACAUGUCAGUGGCAAGUGAAAGUGUUGAAGAAUUCCUUUCCUUACUUUGUGAAGUAGUUGAUAAACGUGGCAAUAUAUCUGAAGACAUACGUCUUAGCAAUGCAGAGUCAUCUUGGCUACGACUGACAGCUGGCUGUGCGCUCUUGAAAAUGUCUACUGAUCCUGUUGUGUGGAAGAAAGUCUCAAUACUUCACAUGGCUACAAUCAGUUCUCUCAUACUUGAUGAAAAUGAGAAUGUCUGUGUGCAGUUUGUUAGAAAGUUAUGUCAUCAUCUGGCUAACGAGAACUUCCCUGUUGAUUUCUUUGCUUUCUUUUCUUUGGUUGGCAUGGAGAAACGACAACAUCUUAGAGAUAAAUUUGAAGAUUAUUUCCAUGACUGUGUGAAAGCAAAGUGGGCAGAGAUUGGCAAGAUUUGUGGGAAUUCUAUAGGGAACAUGGAGAACUGUCCAGGCACUGUCAACAAUAUUAUACCAGAAACCAGCAUUAAUGCUGUGAUUGCCUUACUGGCUUAUUAUCCGGAGUUAAAGGAUGUAAAUGAGAUGGUAAUAAAGAAAGAGAUUUGUGCUUGUCUUAAAUUCUUCUGGGGUCUGAUGCUUCUUCAUAAAUUCAGCACUGUACAUCCAUCAGUGAGCUCUUACAAGGAGUUUCUGGACAAAAUCAAGAGGAGUGUUAGCUCUAUUGACCCUGAUGAUGAACAAGCAACUGAGCGAUUGCGUGUGGUUGCCCUUCUGGCAGGUGCAACUCUACAAGGAGCAUGUCGACAAGUACACAGGUCUGGAACAGAGAAAGUCAUCAUCACACCAAACACCAAAUAUUAUUUAAUACGCUGAUCACAAUGUCAAGUGGAAUAAGGUACAUUAUCAAAGUAUGGUGUGUCAUAUCAUAACAGGCAGUAUGAACAAUGUUAAAGAAAUAAUGGUAGGGUUAUUAUUAUGAGACUGUAAUUCUUAUUGUUGCUUCGGCCCAGUUGGAGAAAAAGAAAAAAAGAAAUGAUAAAGAAAAGCAAUGUAUUUUAUAACUUGCCUAUGUGACUGCAAAUAAUAGUAUUGUGUAUGUAUAGCAAUUACGGCCAGGUGUAAACUGGAAGAUUCUGGAAAUAUCUUUUUGUCCCAGAUAAAUAGCAUGCUACUGUGUAAUUAUAAUGAUGAAAAAGAGAGAUUUUUUUCGUUAUUAUUAUUUGUUUUGUGUGUGUGUGUGUGUGUGUGAGGGGGGCUCACUUGUGCAUAUUCAGUGGUAUACACUGUGGUCAUUUUGUGUUUGCACAGAGAUACUUUGAUUCCAGUCCUGACAAAAAUCUUCAAGUAUGUGAAAAGAGUCAAAGAUAUAUUCUGACCACAUGCAGCUGUUGCAAAAUGGUUUUAAAUGUUGACACUCUGUCAUUAAGAAUAGUCUGCUUAUGUGUAUAUCUAAGUUUGAAAUACUUUUAAAAUUAUAUUACAUUACGAAUUGAGACUAAUGAUACACAAAAUUGUAGCCCUCAAUUGUGGCAGUGUCUCCUAAUA